AUGAAGCUGUCACUCCUCCUCAUCGCCGCCCCCGCGGCACAAGCCGUAGUCUCAUACAUGCCGACUGUCCCCGACACGCUCAUGGCCAUGGUCGAGUCAUCUGAGGACUGUAACCUGCCCGACGACUUCCAGAUUCAAAACUUUUCCGCCGAGUCACCAGACGGGGGUAAAACGACGGACUCGCUGGACUUUACCUUCAACGACGACAGCACCAUCCUCAACACGCAGUGCCACCUCAACGCCUCGUCGGCGCCGGUGUCCGGUGACGGGCGGACCCCGAGGUACGCCUGCGACAACACCAACGUGCAGUUCAUCUGGCAAAACAGCACAAUUACCGUCAUCGAAAAGGUUUGCCCUGGUGACGACGGUGCCGCCGACUACGAGGCAUCCGGGACAGCUGUGGUUCCGCUGGUGUGCGACGGGUGUGCCGCGAAUGGGACGGACAACGCCGCCCGGUCACACAGGCGCGCAAAAAGAUCCGUUGAAUGCAAGUCCAAUUCGGAUGACAUCCGAUCGAGAUUCUUCAGCAUUCAGCCGGUUGGUUGA